AUGCUGGAACCGAGCCAAGAAGACAUUGCCGCUUGGGAAGCGCAGUACGACCUCGCCUCGCUCCCCGCCGAAGCCGAAGAUCCGUUCGCGCCAGAACUCACCUACCGCCGCCCGCCGCCCAACUCUGUCAUCACGCGCCGUCUGCCCUUCGAUUCGAUCGACACAGGCUUCAAUGCAGAAGCACAGACAGGGCCCGUGGACGCUGCUGGGGCUGUGUCGUCGCAAAACAACACCUCCGGUCUGCCAGCACAAACGGCAACGACAACGACGACAACGACAACGACGGGCUUUGUCAGUCGGUGGCCGCGCAAGGCAACAGCGACAGAAGACGUGCGAUUCAAACGAUCCCGUGAUGAAUCAACGGCAACGGACGUGCAGGCAGCCUUGAACUCUGAGUUUGGCCGCCGCGCUCCGACGCAGAGCAACUCGUGGAACAACGACGAGUCGACAAGGCUGAUGGGAGGCAUAACAGCCUACGAGCCAGAACAGGACGAUCCGUUCUUUGACAACCCGCCAGAUUUUGACGAAGCCGCCGAUCAGGAAGCAAACUAUUACGCGUCGCAGGCCGAUCCGCCGCCGGAAUUCGACGACCUCGAUGUUGCUGACGCCGUCCGCGCUUUCGUGGAUGACCAGCGCGGUGGUGGCGGUCGCACUUUGAAUGAAAUCAAGCGGUUGCGUCGCGACGAAAACGCCUCGGACACCCCUGAGAUGCGCAAACUGCAGAAAGGAGCCCUGCCUGAUUUCCUUGAGGACGACCCAGCGCCAUAUGACGAUGUCAGCGAUGCGGAUCGAGCGGAGGAAGAAGAAGCGCGGAGACUAGCUGGUCUACCGCCGAUUCAGGAGCCCCGCCGUUUUGUGAGCAAAGGCGCGCAAGCUGGCGCCAACACUCGCCCCGCCGUCGUCGUCCCAAAGCGCUCCCUGCCGACCGGCCCAAAGCUCACGAAAAGGCCGCCGCUGAAGGGCGACAGCAUGUCACUGCUCGAUCGGAAUGGCGACAUGUGGUAUGUCGUGUUGAAACCCAAACCUUCCCUUCAGCAGCAGCAGCCACUCCACGAGCGUAUGAGCCUUCCCGAUGCUGGGCACCUCUUGCCCGAGCCAGUCUCGGUGAUGAUGGCGCGACUGGACGCACAGCGAGUUGCCGCAGUGUACCACCACGGCGUCGCCAUGUCAACAACUCCGGUCAAAAAGUCCCGCCCCAGCCAGCCUGAAAGCAGCCAGCUGUGGGUGGAAAAGUAUGCGCCGCGAGGCUUUAUCGAUCUGAUCAGUGACCCCGGCACCAACCGGCUCCUGCUUUCUUGGCUGAAGCAAUGGGACCAUUGCGUCUUUGGCAAACCGCGAGCGAUUCACUUCAAGCCCCCUCCAGCGGCCCCCGCAUUCAAACCCUUCCCUGCGUCCGAUCGCGGAAAGCCCGGCGCUGCGGGUGGUUUUCGCGCCGCUGCAGGAUCUCAGCCACAAGCGGCCAACGGAGGUGGCGGCGCCCACGCUGCUGCGGGCCGCAAGUUUGCUGCCACAGCAGCACCCGCAGAAUCGGAAGUCCCCGUCAAACCCUUGCCCAUGCAGGACCCGCUAGAUCGUCCACCUCACAAGUUGAUUUUGAUGGCCGGGCCGCCUGGUCUCGGGAAGACGACGUUAGCUCAUGUGAUUGCCAAAACCGCUGGCUAUCAUCCUGUUGAAAUUAACGCGAGUGAUGAUCGUGCAGAAGAACUCUUUCGCAACAGGGUGCUGGCCGCAGUCGAAAUGUCCUCCGUCUUUGGCUCUGAAAAUACGCUGCCCAACUGCUUGAUUAUUGACGAGAUUGACGGUUCGUCCGCUGCCGCCAUCAAUGCUUUAAUUGCCAUCGCAACAGCAGGCUCGACCUCGACGGAAAAGCGUGCAACAACGGGCAAGGCCGCCAAACUUCGCCGGCCCUUGCAGCGGCCCAUCAUUUGCAUUUGCAACGACAUAUUCGCGCGGUCGCUUCAGGCACUUCGCCAAGUUGCUUUGGUCGUUCCGUUCCCAAACACCUCCGGUAGCCGGCUGCAGACCCGCUUGACGCAAAUUUGCAAAGCCGAGCGGUUUGAGCUCGAGGCCAACGUGUUGGUGACUUUGUGCGAAAGCACCAACAAUGACAUUCGCUCUUGCAUCAAUACGCUUCAGUUUUUGAGCCGGCACGGCAAGACUGCUGUUUCUUCAAGCGAGAUUGCUCGCCUUGCGGUUGGCCAGAAGGACACCCAACGAGGCCUCUUUUUGCUCUGGGAGUACACGCUGCAGGCCAGGUCGCUGCAGCAACUGCUCCGCUCGGCCAACGAUCCUUCUGCUGCCAUGAGUGCGAAGGACUCGAAACUCCCCACUGGAGCGCUCUUUGGCGAGUCCAAUGCCGGAGGGCUGUCGCGUGAGUUGAGCCGCGGGCGCCGAUUGGGAUUUAUGGACGUCGUGGUUCCAAUGAUCACAGCGAAUGGAGAGUACGAUACUCUUUUGUCUGGCCUCUACGAAAACUACCUGUCUGUCCGCUUCACCGACCCCAACAUGGUCAAGAUUCAAGAUGCCUUGGACUGGGUGGCCUUUUACGAUCAGGUGCACCUGCAUGUGUAUCGCAAUCAGAUGUUCCAUUUGAUGCAAUAUCUGCCCUACACUGUCGCGGCGUUCCACGUGUAUUGCUCGGCUCAACAGCGACAGCGUCUCAAAUUCCCAAAACAGCAUAAAGACUUUGUUCAAGCAUUAACCCAGCGCCAAUCAAUCAUCGCGAAUGUGACCAGCGGUUGCACUGCUCGCGUCCGCGCCUUCCUGAACGCACAACAACUGGUCGUUGACGUCGCCUCGCCAUUGGCCGACGUGCUCUCCCCCAACAUGCGCCCUAUCACAGUUCAACUUUUGAACGCCGCAGAACGAAAGCAGCUUGCAGCUGUUGUGGAUGUCAUCUUGUCCUUUAAUCUUAGCUUUGAGCAGGUUCGACAGUUCGAUGGGAUGUAUGACUACGUCCUCACUCCAAAUUUGCUCGACGUGGUCACGUUCCCGACGCCAACAUCGGUUCGACGCAAGCUGCCAUAUCCCACAAAACAGCUGAUCGCUCAUGAGGUCGAAAUUGAGCGCCUGCGGCAAAAUGCGGGAGAGCAGCCUCCUGCGCUGACGCCUUCAGCUUCCUCCUCGACCGUUGGUCACGCAGCUUCAGGAGCGCCACCUCAACCAACCAGGCAAGACUCCAAGCGUGCCCCUGCUCCCAACAUGGAUCUCCUUCUUGGCCGAUCAAACAAAGCUCCCAUGCCGGUUAAAGUGGAGCCAAAGGUCGUACGCGACUUCUUUGGACGUGUUGUGCAAGUGAUUGAAGAAACGUCCAACCCGGCCUCAAUGGAUGCCUCCAAUCACGGUCCCACCAAAGCCGCGGCCGCCGCUCAGAAUGCCCUCGCGACUUUCGUUACGUCGUACAAGUUUCAGGAAGGUUUCUCCAAUGCUGUGCGGCACUCUGUUCGCAUUCGCGACUUGCUCUAAACCAUGCCUCCAGCAAACGUUUUCAAGCUGAAGGGCGACGUGAACAAAGCAAAGAGACAAAUGAUAUUUGAUGAAGAAUAAAACAGAGAUACGGAUA